CGAAAGCAGCUGGCUCCUCUAUGGUCACAAAGUCGCGAGGCUUCCUGGGCCAAGAGACAGCCCGAGGCGGCUUCCAGACACCGUGAAUUCACUGACGCUGGUUCCUACAAGUCAGGCCUGAAACCUUGCCCCUGGGAUCAGUGGCCAGACUCUCGGGAUCUUUGUUCUUCAGACUGCUGAGCCAUCCAUAUCUGGACCAGAACCGAGCAGGGUGAAAGUGCUGUCCACACAGACCUGAAAGAUGGCAUCUGGACAAGGACCAGGUCCCCCAAGGGAGGGCUGUGAUGACUCCCCUUCUGAACAGCAGGUUGCCCAGGACACGGAGGAGGUCUUUCGAAGCUUCGUUUUUUACCUCCACCAGCAGGAACAAGAGACCCAGGGUGCUGCUGCUUCUGCCAACCCCGAGAUGGACAACUUGCCCCUCGAACCCAACAGCGUCUUGGGUCAGGUGGGCCGGCAGCUUGCUAUCAUUGGAGAUGACAUCAACCGCAGAUACGACGCGGAGUUCCAGAAUUUACUGGAGCAGCUCCAGCCCACGGCUGGGAACGCCUAUGAACUCUUCACUAAGAUUGCCUCCAGGUACCUAUCCCUCCACCCCGCAUACACGGGCUCCCUUGCUGGGGACAGUGUCGGGGUGAACUCAGACAUGAUACCCACCCGUCUCCUCCUCUCUGGGUCCCACUCACUCUUUUGCACACAAGCUCGUGUCUUUUCGGAGCUCUGACACCAACAACUAGCA